AUGAACGAAAUAAUCCACGAAGCCCCACCAACCCCAUCCAGCUCCUCGAUCUUCUCAUCCACCGACGGCCUCGGCUACACACUGCAAAACAACCACCACGCAGCCGGCCGCCUAAACCUACAACACUACCUAUGGCACGAAAGCAUAGGAUACCACAUGCACCCGAAGGUAAAGAUCCCGAAAUCCAAUCCUGUCAUCGCCGACGUGGCGACCGGAACCGCUCUUUGGCCGAUUCAUGUUGCACGCGAGGUGCCCUCCGCGCGAAUAGACGGGAUAGACAUCGACAUGACGCAAGCGCCGCAGCCACCAUGGCUGCCCGCCAAUGUUCGGCUUCGAUCCUGGAACCUGUUCAGCCCCGUGCCACCUGAUCUACGGGGCAAGUAUGAUCUCGUUCAUGUGCGACUCCUUGUGCUGGUCCUAUCGGGAGUUGAUCCUCUGCCGGCGAUCCGAAACCUCCUAGCACUGGUGAAGCCGGGCGGGUAUUUGCAGUGGGAUGAGCUGGACUGUAUGCAUAUGAACUUGAGGAAGAUCGACGAAUCCCUGAUGGCGCCCGCGUUAGAAGAGAUUCGGACAACGUUGUAUGCAAAUGGCCGACAUAAUUGGGCUCUGGAUCUGCCGCGCAUGUUGAGGUACUGCGGGUUUGAAGAUCCGCAGAUCGAAUACUAUGGCGAGCCUCCGGAGCUGGCGCGCGCUUUCAAUGAUCUGACUUUGAUGACUAUGGAGGAGUUCGCAGGCAAGGUGGCACAGAUGAGCCGGGUGGGGCCAGCGCGACGGUUCUAUGAGGUUGUUCAAAGGGCUUAUGGGGAGAGUGUACAGGGAGUUGCUCUAUCCAUUCCUCGGCUUGUGGUUGUGGCUCGAAAGCCGUCUACUUCGCCAGACAAUGAGGGGUGGCCGAAUAGACGACCAUUAGAGUCAUUAUGA